CUUCCUGUCGAGGCUAGGCGAGGUCACGUGAUAUGACAUUAGCUCGCUGACUCUGCUAUGUUUUUUCUUUGUAUUAACGUUUUAGAAAUGCUACAUUUCUCGCUUCUUUCGGGAUGUUGUCGUGGAGGGGCGCCCUGCGGCCGUCGCAACGGCCGCCGUGGACGACGCUGCUCGAGGAGUGUCGCCUCGAAAACGGCCGCUGUGGGCCUGCACGUCACGUGACCAGCAUGCGGCGGAGCGUUUGAUAAAAAAGAUGGCGUGAGCGCGGAGGAGCGGCGCGAGGACAACAAGCUCUGAGCUGCCGGACCGCAGUGAGCCGCAGCGGCCCCAAGAUGGAGCCUGGACAGGAUUUACUCCUCGCUGCUUUAAGUGAAAGUGGAAUUUGUCCAAAUGAUCUUGGUUUAUUAGACAUAGACUCCCAGGAUGUUAUCCAGCCUUCCACGGCCCAACAAUCCAUCUCUAUCAGUGCUCUGGAUGUUGGUGUGGGAACAGAAUCGGUGGAGGUCGUUCGACCGGAGCCCUCAACUGCAGUCCCCAUCGUUACAAUCAGACAUAAACCGCAGCCAUCAACCACCACGUUUGUCUUAAAUCAGCUGAAUCAGUUGCCGUCGCUUGGAGCUGCUGCGGCCAAACAGUCGGUUACCAACCCAAUCAAGCAUACCAUAACUGUCACCAAGGUCGUUCAUGUGGCUAAUUCAGCUCUGCGAGGGCCAUCGGCCCCCACGACUACAAGUGUUCCCCAUUCAGUGUCUGCAGUAGUGCCUUCUAACAAAGAUCAGCAGAUUCAGUUGAAAGACCUACUUCGAACUGGCAAUGUGAAGAACAUGGGUCUAAAGAGCAACAGCCUAAAAGAGCUCAUGAAGUUAAAACCUCCACCUGACAUCGCUCCGCCUGUGGCAACGGCUACAGCCACGACUUCAGGUGACGUGAACAAUGGAAUCAAGAAGGAUGUGUUUGGUAAAGACGGUGCCAGGCUCUGGGUUAAAGAUGACGUCAAAAUACAAAACCUUUCAAAUUCUCUGAAAGCCCCAGGGCUAAAGGAGGAAGAUGAGCCUGAGGAGGAAGAGGAAGAUGAGCUCGGUCACGCAGAGACCUACGCAGAGUACAUGCCAUUGAAACUGAGAAUCGGCCUGAGGCAUCCUGAUCCUGUGGUGGAGACCAGCUCUCUGUCCAGUGUGAACCCUCCAGAUGUUUGGUACAAACUGUCCAUCCCAGAGGAGGUCAUUGAUCGAGGCUGCUUGUCUGCUCUGCAGCUGGAAGCCAUCACCUACGCAGCUCAGCAACACGAGACGUUCCUCCCCAGCGGUGACAGAGCUGCCUAUCUGAUCGGUGAUGGCGCCGGCGUGGGGAAAGGCCGCACGAUCGCAGGGAUCAUUUACGAGAAUUACCUUCUGGGCAGAAAGAGAUCUCUUUGGUUUAGUGUUUCAAAUGAUUUGAAAUAUGACGCUGAAAGAGAUUUAAGGGACAUCGGAGCAAAGAAUAUUCAAGUUCAUUCACUGAACAAGUUUAAAUACGGCAAAAUCUCCUCGAAGCACAACGGCAGCGUGAAGAAAGGCGUAAUCUUCGCCACAUACUCGUCUUUGAUAGGAGAGAGCCAGUCCGGAGGAAAAUACAAGACCAGGUUCCAGCAGCUCCUCCACUGGUGUGGAGACGACUUCGACGGGGCCAUUGUCUUUGAUGAGUGUCACAAAGCCAAAAACGUGUGUCCCAUCGGCUCGUCCAAGCCCACAAAAACUGGGCUUGCAGUGUUGGAGCUGCAGAACAAACUCCCCAAAGCGCGGGUUGUGUACGCCAGCGCCACAGGUGCCUCUGAGCCACGAAACAUGGCCUACAUGAACCGGCUGGGCAUCUGGGGCCAUAAAACACCUUUCAGAGAGUUUGGAAAUUUUAUUCAAGCUGUGGAGCGAAGAGGCGUUGGGGCCAUGGAGAUCGUAGCUAUGGACAUGAAGCUCCGGGGCAUGUACAUUGCAAGACAGCUGAGUUUCACCGGAGUGACGUUCAAGAUCGAGGAGGUUCCCUUAACUCAGCAGUACAUCACCAUGUACAACAAGUCUGUGAAGCUGUGGGUGACUGCACGGGAGAAGUUCCAGCAGGCUGCAAACCUCAUGGAAGCAGAGCAACGCAUGAAGAAGUCCAUGUGGGGUCAGUUCUGGUCUGCCCAUCAGAGGUUCUUUAAAUACCUCUGCAUUGCCUCUAAAGUCCGCCGGGUGGUCCAGCUCGCCAGAGAGGAGGUCCAGAACGGAAAGUGUGUGGUGAUAGGGCUUCAGUCCACCGGUGAAGCGAGAACACUGGAGGCCUUGGAGGAAGGAGGAGGAGAACUCAACGAUUUUGUAUCAACAGCAAAAGGUGUGCUACAGUCCCUGAUCGAGAAGCAUUUUCCUGCUCCGGACAGACAAAAACUUUACAGCUUGCUGGGGAUUGACCUUUCAGCCAAGAAGACGCAGUCCCUCAAAGACGCUGCCCCAGAGCCGGAGCAGAAAGGGAAGAAAAGGAAAGGUCCGGACUUGAAGAAGCAGCAGAAUAAAAGGCCGCGCAAACAUGGCGGCCUGUCAGGCACGAGUUCGGAGAGCGAGUCGGAUGAAUCUGACAAAGAAUCCGGUAAAGACAGCGACGACAGCUUCAAAUCUGUCAGCUCAGCGGACGAAGACGACGAUUUUAACCCGUUCAGAGACGAGUCUGACGACGACGAGGAAGACGAUCCGUGGCUCAUCAGGAAGGAACCCAAGAAAAGGAAGGAGAAAAACAAAAAGAAGAAGAGGAAAAGCAUCGAUCCAGAUUCCAUCCAGAGUGCCCUGUUGGCCUCCGGACUGGGCUCCAUCAGACCCGGUUUUACCACCUCGGUGACCCCCAGCACGCCAGCCCCCGUCAAGACAGAGACUCAGGAGAGCUUUCUGACGAGUCAGGACUCGGUGGAACUCGCCCAGAAAAUGAAGAAGGAGCUGCUGGAGCAACUGGAAGAACUGUCUGAGGAUCUGCCUCCCAACACGCUCGAUGAGUUGAUCGAUGAACUGGGGGGGCCGGAAAACGUGGCUGAGAUGACUGGACGUAAAGGUCGAGUGGUCAGCAACGACGACGGCAGCAUCACGUAUGAAACUCGCUCCGAGCUGGACGUUCCGGUGGAAAUCCUUAACCUCACAGAAAAGCAGCGCUUCAUGGAUGGAGAAAAGAACAUCGCCAUCAUCUCAGAAGCUGCCAGCUCAGGAAUCUCCCUGCAGGCCGAUCGGCGAGUGCAGAACCAGCGGAGGAGAGUUCACAUGACUCUGGAGCUGCCGUGGAGCGCCGACAGAGCUAUUCAGCAGUUUGGGAGAACGCACCGGUCAAACCAGGUCACAGCUCCAGAAUAUGUUUUCCUCAUAUCCAAGCUUGCAGGAGAGCAGAGGUUUGCAUCGAUUGUCGCCAAACGACUAGAAAGUCUGGGAGCUCUCACUCAUGGAGACAGACGGGCCACAGAAACUCGAGACCUCAGCAGGUUCAACUUCGACAACAAAUACGGCAGAAACGCUCUGGAGAUCGUCAUGAAGUCGAUCGUAAAGCUCGACUGUCCUUUAGUGUCUCCACCUUCGGACUUUAAAGGGGAUUUUUUCAAAGAGAUUCAGGGCGGGUUGAUAGGCGUGGGUCUCAUCAACGUGGAGGACCGCUCCGGGGUGCUGUCUCUGGACAAAGACUACAACAACAUGGGGAAGUUCCUGAACCGUAUUCUGGGCAUGGAGGUCCACCAGCAGAACGCCUUGUUUCAGUACUUUUCUGACACGCUGGCUGCCGUCAUCCAGGAGGCCAAGAAGAACGGCCGAUACGACAUGGGCAUCCUGGACCUGGGGUCCGGUGAUGAGAAGGUGAAGAAGCUUGACUGUAGAAAGUUCCUGACGCCGGGGUACACCGCGUCAGGACACGUGGAACUCUACACCGUCGGUGUGGAGAGAGGAAUGUCUUGGGAAGAAGCCACUCAUGCCUGGGCCGAACAGAACGGACCGGACGACGGCUUCUAUGUGCAGCUGAGGAACAACAAGAAGACGUCCAUCCUGAUCAAAGAGGUGAACACCAAGAAGAGGCUGUUCCUGGUCUACAGGCCCAACACGGGCCGGCAGCUCAAACUGGAGACGUACGCAGACAUCAAGAAGAAGUUUAAAAAGGUGUUGUCAGAAGAUGCAAAGCAGCACUGGACUGACCAGUACCAGUCUUCAGGGAAAAUCUGCUCUCAUGCAUACUGGCGUGGGAACUGUAAGAAAGCCUCGCUGGGUUUGAUGUGUGAAGUGGGUCUCCGGUGCAGAACGUACUACGUUCUGUGCGGCUCCGUGCUCAGCGUGUGGAACGAGCUGGAAGAAGUGCUUUCUCCGGUCAGUGGAACCAACGUGAAGGUGCAGAUCGUCCGUCUCAGAACAGAAGAUGGACAGAGGAUCGUUGGACUGAUCAUUCCGGCGAACUGCGUGUCUCCGUUACUGAACAAGUUGUCCACGUCGGACCAGAGCCAGCAGCUGGCCGUGCAGGAGCAGCACAAGAGGCAGCAGCUCCAUCCUCAGAGCCUCAGCCACGCUCCGGUCCCUGCGCUGUCCUCCUGAAGGGACGUCUCCGAGCUGCUGUCUCUGAGGGCCCACCGGUGGACGCCAGGUUUGACAGGGACCUUCCUGUCCUCUGACAUUCAGAGGACUGUUGGCGUCCUCCAUCAAGGCGUGGUCUGAUUCCUCCACAAGUGGAUCUGGUGGAACCACGAUUGGAGGCUGGAGAGCUCGCUUCAUGCUUUACGUUUAAUAAAAUGAGAACUGUGUGAGGAAAGAUCAAAGUGUUUGGUUCCAUUUUAGACUC